GGGCCACUGCAGCCGAAGCCCCCCCUGUUGAAAGCGUCGUCCGACAAGAACGAGAAGCCCACCCUGUUCCUACACCCGCCCUCGUUGAUGGGUAAACGACUUGGAGCCAGCAAGCAGGAGCAGCAGCAGCAGCAGCAGCAGUAGCAGUAGCAGCACCUGCACGUACCGCGACACGCCUCCAAACAGCUUGUCCGUCUGCGCCCAAGCGACAAUGGCGUACAAAGCCCCCGACGCUCGUCCCAAACACAUGAGCAGCCCCAUCUCUCUCCACGGAAUCGACAUUUCCUCUCUGGACGCUCGCGAUGUCUUUGGUCUAGGCAUGGACAGUGGCUUGACCGCUCUGCCCUCGCCCUCGCCGGAUCUCUCUCGUGCCCGCGAAGACGGCGACCUCCAGAGCUUCCGUUCCGCUCACAGUCCUUCGCUUUCUGCUGGCCGCAUCACCGACGACGCGACCGUCUCCCACUUUGAUCCGCCGCCAGACUCUCGUUCUCGCUCCGUCUCUACAUGGAUCUACCCUUACCGUAAACCUCCUGGUUCCUCUCCUGCCCUAUCUAUUCGUGCCAAAGACUGCGACGACGCUCCGACAGCGCCCCUACCGGUCGUCCCUCCUUUAGAUCAAAGUCAUCGGCCCUUCACUGCCGCAGGUCCACACCCCUCCACUGUCGCUCCUUCUACUUCGCCAUCGAAUCUCGCCUCGAACAGUUCAAAGCCCAAACCAAGCAAGAAACGCAUGCCCAAUCUAGGCAGAUCAAAGUCUCUACGCGCCGAAGACCAGUUGAAUGACUUGAUCGACACCAAAUCAAAAACAAAAUCUCCCGUCGUCAAACAAUCGAAGCACGGUGUACAUAGCAAGUCCACACCAGCCAUCGAAAUGCCGCCCAUGCAAAAGCCGCCGCCUGACAACAACCGCAAGUUUAUGGGUAUUAUGCGCGAUCGCUCGCAGGACAGAGCCGAUGCCGAUGGAGCCAAGGCAAAAGCAAAGAAGGAGAAGGGUCAGGACCAUGUCUACAAGAACAAUAAUACAUCGGCUUUCUUUGAUUUCCGCCAGAGCUCAUCGCGCGCAACAGACGGCUUCACCAAGGCUAGCAAGGGAUUGCUGAGCAAGAUUACUCGCGGAGGCAGCAAUCAUGGGAAAUCUCAACCGACCACUGACGACGGUGAUUAUGUUGUACAGGUUCUCAACAAAGGUCUCGUUGAGCAGACUCGUCUCACGCGGAUUGCGCAAUCGUACGAUGACUGCAAGGACAAGACAGAAUUCUGGAUGCCUGCUCUACCAUGGCGCGCAAUCGACUACUUGAACGGCAAGUGUGAAGAAGAGGGUCUUUACAGAGUUUCUGGCGGCGUCGCUAAUGUCAGGAAAUGGAGAAGACGCUUUGACACAGAACUCGACAUCAACCUAUUGGACGAAUCAGAACUGUACGAUGCUAGCAUUAUUGCUUCCCUAUUCAAAGAGUGGAUCCGCGAACUGCCUGAAGAUGUCUUCCCCAAGGAUUCUCAACAGCGCAUCACAUCGCAGCUUCCGAGCGAGGUACCGGACAAGGGUUUGGUCCCAGAGAUUCUGCGCCAUGAGCUCCAGCACCUGCCACCAUUCAACUACUACCUUCUGUUCGCCAUCACUUGUCAUCUGAGUUUGUUGCUCGAAUACCAGCACAAAAACAAGAUGACUCUAGACAAUCUGUAUCGUUGCUUCAAUCAAUCGCUGAAGCUUGACGGUCGUAUCUUCUACACACUCGUUGGAAAUUGGAGGUUGUGCUGGGCUGGCUGCGUCACCGAGAACGACUACCUUGUCAAAGAAUACGACUAUCUAAAGCACCCUUAUCCUCAAUUCAUCCAGGAUAGCUUGGCUGCCAACGAGCGCGCCAUAUCUUCCUCCGAGAGCAGCGCCCCUCCUACCAACGGGGCUUUCAAUCCAGAAGCUCAACGGCCUGCAACAUCGUACACCCUUCUCUCGCAGUCUAGCGACAGCGACGAGCCCUUCAUCACUCCGGUCAAGAAGAACAAGCGCAGCUCUUCGGAUGUCACUGGUCUGUCACCUAUGCGCUUCAACGCCAGCCCUCUUCACCGCGGACCUACCUCGGACCCUUGAGGCUGGCCACAUAUCGUUACCACGUUGCUGUUCAUCUUUUAAGAGUGCUCGUGUGUGCAGGUAUCACGGCCCUGUCGUCACGAGACGAGUAAUACAACAGGCUGGACCUUUUAUUCUGUAUCCGGAUCGAUGGUUCCGUUUCCCUGCACCCUUUCCACCAUCGCCCGUCCGGUUUUUACCUCCCUCUCUUGCCUUUUUCGAUUUUUGUAUGUACGAGUUGAUAUACCCCCUCAAUGUUUUCUGUGCUUUUACUCUUUUUUCUUUCUUUGCACUCGGGCGUUUUUUCUUUGGGCCGGCAAUAUGAAAGGGGCGAUUGGGAGAGUAGGUAGAGGUUGAGUUGAAAGCAGUGGACAAAAGAUUAAUGAUAGCCGAGUCUUGGAGA